AAUUAGUGCGGCGAGGUAGCCGAUAGACGCACGGCUUGAGACGUCUACCCAGCAGCUUCGAUGUGCUGCCCACGGUUCAGGCGGAGUAGUGGCAGCUACCGUUGCUAGUAGUGCGUGUCGCAUCCCCUUGUAUUUCUCUUCCCGGUCCCAUCUUUCUCGUCACUUCGAAUAGUGGCCGAGCAGCACUUCGUCCGGCGGGGGAGUAGGUGCUAGAAAAAAACAAAGAGCCAGACCGCCCACCACUCGGCAGCGAAAACAGCAGCAAACCAUGGGCAAUCCUAGUCUGACGUACGAGAUUCUAUUGUAUCUGAACUCGUUUUACUUCGGGAUGUUCGCAAUGUGCGAACUGGGUAUGAUUACCCUCAAGGCGGUCAAUCUCAAAUACCCGGAGCAGAUCCUAAUGAGGGAAACGUGCAUCCUUCUGUCGCUCUGUCUGGUCGAGACGAUACGGAUCAUUCUCGGGCGGAAGGGCAGUCUCAGCGAUCACGGCUGGCAAGUCAUCCUAUCGGUUAUCCUGACAAUUCCUUGCGCGGUGGGAGUCGGUUAUCUCCUGUUCUAUCAAUUACACCGAUUACGCCUCGAAUACAUCCUAUGUGCCUUAAUGUUAUCUCUCCAGGCAGCCGAGCUACUGUUUGCGAUACUGUUCGUAUUCACACUCUGCCGUCCGACCUCGUACGACUAGGUUCGUCCAACCCCAAAAACCGUUUCCCUCCCUUUCACUGUCAUCUUCCAUCCUAUUCGGCGUCCAAACCGAGAAGUUCGAGAGUCUCAUCUUUACUAUUAAAAACUUUCAUGAUAAAAAAAGAAAUGACAGACUAGAUUAGCACUGACCAGUCUUUUUGAAACACUAUAUAUUCCAUUUCUCAUCCAGCGACCGUCGUCAUUUGAUAUCCAGCUUUUAACGAAGUAGAUUUUGCAUUAGAAUCUUUUUAAACGACCCAUUUCGAAGCCAAAAGCGAUUCAGCCAAAUUUCUGAGACUUGUACAGACAAUAGGAUUCACAGUAAAACCAAAAUGAAGCAACACUCAUAAGACUCAACAUUUGAAACAUACUAUCAAUACGACUAGAUCCAUUAUCAAUUUACUCAUUAAUUCUAUCGCAUAUUUUGUAUCAUAAACAUUACGUUUUGUGAUUUACACGAAACUUUCAUUUCGUACUUUAAAAGGCAAACGACCCAAAUAUUUGUAAUUUUAAGGAAAACAAUGUUUAUAACUCAUAAGUAAUCGAUCUAUCCCCCCAAAAAAAUGGGGCCAUUAUUUAUUUAUUUAUGUGUUCUCUGUAAAAUCGUUGUAACAAGAAGCUAGUCAAAUGACCAAAUCAAAUGAAACUCUCUUCGUUCUAAGUCAACACCGGCACAGGGUUAUCUAUGUGCGCUACGUACUGUAUGUCAAAGUUCAUCAAGCAAUUAUUCGUACAGAGAUGUUUAAAUGGAUUGAAUCUCCCUGAAAAUCUCCCAAAUUAAAGGCCGAAACGUCGACUAUAAGGUCUAAGUUAAUUUCAUUUUGCAUCACAAUAUUCAACACCUAGAUUUUUCUAUAGUUAAUCUCGAUAUUGAAAUUCAAUAAAUUUAAUUAUUUAAAAAAGUUAAUAUCAUUUUUUAAAUUAUUUUGUGAAACGUUUCGUACGCAUAAUUGUUUGAAAAACUGUACGUUUCAAAUCCAAAUUGUAUCUGCACUUCAAACAGUCGAUUCACUACUAGCUAUAACUUAGAAGCUAAGUGAGCAUGGGGAAGAAAAUAAAAUCAAAGUAAAUCAAACGGGUUGUCAAAACCAUUAACUAGCGUUUGUAAUAGCUGUCGAUUAGCGGAACUCGUUUACAUUUGAGGAAAAGUUGUUUUAUACAUAUGCAAAAUCAACUAGUGACGUUAAGAUUAAUGGUAGGUUAAAUUGAUAUAAAAAAGAAAUACAAUGAAAAAACUGCAAUAUAUUCAGCAAACAAAACGGAAGCCAUUUUAGACCAUUUAUACCAAAGUCAUUUACGGUAGAGAGAAAGGAAAGCCCAUUGUAAAGUAACUGUUUCAAAGUAGCUCGUUGCCCGUCAGGAAAAGGGCCAUCAGACAUUUACACAAAGAGUAAAUACCGAAACGUUUCAGCGUUGUUAUACGCAAAUUAUAGAUCAAAAGUUGUGAAUCUCCAUACAGAAUUUCAAAUGUUUUACAGGAAAUAAUACGUUACAAACAGGCAUUUGUACUAAACUAAUACUAAACCAAGACAGUUUUUUAGGGAUUGUGUGGGGGAUGCCGAAGAACCAAAAGGCAGAAUGUCGACUGACAAAAAUGUAGAAAUAAAAUUUGAUUACUUACAACACGUAGAUAGACUUAAAAUUAGUUGUUAAAACAAAUGAGUCUGGUAGGCGAACAAGAUCCUUUAGCGCCUCGCAUGUUUUCUGAAAGUUUUUAAAUCUCUGCCAGUAGAAAAAAAGUUGGCGAAAUGUUCUGCCUUUUGAUUUCGGCUUUCCAGUGCAUGAUCCUCGUUUCAUUUUUCCGGUGUAUGUUUAGAAUUUUAAACUAUAUCACCUUUUAAAAUGCAAUUUUAACAUCUCCACUUUUUCAAUGACACCAUUGAAUUUUCAACAUCUAAAUCCAACCAAAUUACCACUCGCACAUAGUUUUUAUCUAUCUUGUCUAGCACUUUCUAAAUUGCAAUUCAAGUUUUAUUUUUCCUAAAAGAUUUGUCCACAGUAUUGACCACCUUAGAAACGUGCUGCACCUUUUCUACUUUAACUGCUGUAUUCCUACCAUCACCGUUUAGUAAACGUGCCACUACAAUUUAUGAGUUUUUGUACAGCCAGUAGGAGCGAACUAUGACAAGAGAGAAAUUUUUUAAGACAAACAAAUCAAAUCAGUACUGUGUUCUUCUUAUGUUAUCGUGUAAUCUUCAAAGCCAAAAGACUUUGUAAUAAAACAUAUUACCUUUACGCAUGAUAAGCAACCUA